CGUUAAAUUGGCGCGAGAAGAUAGAUCGGGUUUUAUUAAAAACGGGUCGGGGGAUCAUUAACUUCUGCUUCUUCGAAAGCGAAAAAAAACCAGAAAAAAAAAUUCGAAACUGAAAUUGAAAUUGAGAAAAUCCCGAUCUGUAGAAGAAGGAAGCAAGAAGCUGAGGAGAGUUUUGAUCGAUUCAGACCUAGUAUACUGCAAUCCAAAGCCCUAAUUUUUGAAAUCAGGGAUUCCCUUAAUUUGUAGUCUUGUGAGAUUUCUCGAUUUGUUUUGUUUCCGUCGCCGUCAAUGGCAGAUGGGUACUGGAACCAGCAGCAGAGACAGUACCAGCCUCCAACGUCUUCGACCCAUCACGGUGGUCUUCCGAAACGUCACCGUUCUGACUUCGAAGGUCCACCACCGUCUGUGAUGCCUUCAGGCCAUGAUAGGCACAGCUAUAUGUCACGGGAUGAGGAGGAUCGAGGUAUCCCUCAUUCUUUGAAUGAUACUAGAACGAUUGGAUCAGCUUAUGACCGGUACCUGCAGAGUAUGCAAACGCCUUCUGUUCCAUCUGAGGAAGCUGAUCCAUUUAAUGGUGUUGUUGGCAUGGGAAGACCAGGGGGUAACAAUAUGAUGCCUGGUCCAACCAUGGGUGGGCGUGGUGGGCUUUUGCCUCCAGAUUCUAGGCCAAAUGGUCGGGAUAUGAGUCAUGGUCAGCCGGAUUCAGUUGGUAGGCCGAGCCGCAAACUGCAGUCUCUACCUCAUGAUGUAUCCAACACUCUAUAUGUUGAAGGACUUCCUUCUAAUUGCUCAAGAAGAGAAGUGUCCCAUAUAUUUCGGCCUUUCGUGGGAUAUAGAGAAGUGAGACUUGUGACUAAGGAUUCAAAACAUGUAAGAAGGAAUGGAGAUCCUAUUGUUCUUUGUUUUGUUGAUUUUGAAAGCCCUGCAUGUGCAGCAACUGCACUUAGCGCCUUGCAAGACUAUCGAAUGGAUGAAGACGAACCUGAUUCCAAGAUUUUGCGGCUACAAUUUUCCAGAAACCCAGGUCCAAGACCAGGACAACGUGGAGGAAGGAGGUGAUUAGUAAGUGACAUUUGAGGUACAUUGACCAAAUGGUAACUUAUUGUUUCGCGCUUUCAUCGUCCCUCCUGCAAAUAGAUUAUUGUCUCACUCGAAACAAUAGAGAUGUAUGGAGAGACACAAGAGUCUAGCAGAUGAGGUGAUUAGAACCUCAAGUCCUCUUUUUUUUUUUUUUUUCUUUCAUCUCCUGGAUAGAUUUAGUGCAUGAUCUUAUCAAUGCCCAUCUAUCAAAGCCUGUUUAUUUAUUACAGUCAUUUCCUUUGUAUGUGGGAAUUAUACGGAUUAGGAUUUCGAUAGUGUUUACUCAAAGAUUAUUAGUUGUAUUUGUUCAUUACUUCCAUAACAAUAUUGUGAUAGAAUCUCAUAUUACUCUUCUUUUUUUAACUACCAUGAUUCUCAGUGA